GGCCAGUUUGGGCAGAGGUGCCCGCAGGUGAGCGGGGGAGGGCCAGAGAGCUUCCAGGAGGAGGCAAGGCGUGAGGCCAGGAGAGAGCGCAGGAGAUGCCGCUGAGCCCGGCGGGCAGCAUCCCUGGAUGGCUUUGGAGAGGAAGAGCUGGAUCCCCGGGGCUCCCUCCUGGGGUCAGCUGGAGGAACUGAAGUAGAAAAUAUAAUUUCAGCACAUCCAAAUGGGCAAGUCAAGUGACAGAGACAUUAUUUUAUGCACCAUUGAAAAGCUGAAGUAACGGUCUUGAAUUGGAAGAGGAGUUGUGAGCAUACCUCCCAGUUCGUUCGUGGUUUGGCCAACUUCAGAAUACUCAACGCAAGAUGUAUGCCAGCCAUGAGGAUAUUGGAUAUGAAUUUGGAGAUGAGUCCAAAGAAAGGGAGAAGAAACUUAGGUCAAAUCCAGACAUUGAUGGAGGAUGGGCAUGGAUGAUUAUACUGUCUUCUUUCCUGGUACAUGUUCUCAUCAUGGGAUCGCAAAUGGCCCUUGGGAUUCUCAACAUGGAAUGGCUUGAGGAAUUCAGCCAGAGCCGAGGCUUGACAGCAUGGGUCAGCUCCCUCAGUAUGGGCAUUACCUUGAUUGUUGGUCCUUUUAUUGGUCUGUUCAUCAACACCUGUGGAUGCCGGAAGACUGCAAUAACUGGGGGACUCUUGACUGCUUUAGGAUGGAUAUUAAGUUCCUAUGCUUUGAACAUUCAUUACCUUUUUAUUACAUUUGGAGUGACAGCUGGAAUUGGGAGUGGUAUGGUGUACCUGCCUGCUAUAGUCAUGGUAGGAGAAUAUUUUCAGAAGAGAAGAGCACUUGCCCAGGGACUCAGCACCACUGGGACAGGGUUUGGUACUUUCCUGAUGACAUUUUUGCUGAAGUAUCUUUGCAUGGAGUUUGGCUGGCGGAACGCAAUGUUCAUCCAGGGCGCAAUCUGUUUGAACCUGUGUGUUUGCGGAGCACUCAUGAGACCCAUUUAUUACAAGGAGGAAGCUACUCAAAACAGUGGCGAGAGAAACAACUGCCAAAGUCAUGCGAAAGCUCUCUCCUGCUCUGCAGAAACACUGACAUCUAAUGGCAUCUUCAGGGAAGAUGAAAAAGAAACAAAAGAAGGACAAGGUAAGGUUGAAAAACUUGGCAACUCUCCGGCCUUGGAAAACAAAGUUGUAACUGGACAUGGAAAGAACAUCUAUGCUCUUUGUAUUCUGAAGACAGUGAGCCAACUAAUGGUUACAAUAAAGAAAGGUUUUGGUCUGUGGUACUCUAGCUACUUUGGAGCAGCAUCCCUCUUUACCAACAGAAGAUUUGCAGCCUUUGUUUUUUGGGCCUUGUUUGCAUAUAGCACUUUUGUCAUUCCUUUUAUCCAUCUCCCAGAAAUAGUGAAACAGUAUCACCUAUCUGCACAGAAUGAUAUUUUUCCAUUGACUUCAAUGAUUGCAAUUGUUCACAUUUUUGGGAAGGUCAUUCUUGGCAUUAUCUCGGAUUCCACCUGUAUCAGUGCUUGGAAUGUCUUCAUGAUUGCAAAUUUUACUCUCGUCGCUUGCAUUUUUAUUUUGCCAUUAAUGCACACGUAUGCUGGGCUGGCAGUGGUCUGUGCCCUAAUAGGAUUUUCCAGUGGAUAUUUUUCACUCAUGCCUGUUGUAACAGAAGAUUUAGUAGGGAUUAAACAUCUUGCAAAUGCCUAUGGAAUCAUAAUAUGUGCCAAUGGAAUUUCAGCAUUGCUGGGGCCUCCAUUUGCAGGAUGGAUUUACGAUCUCACACAAAAAUACGACUUUUCUUUCUAUAUAUGUGGCUUACUUUAUUUGAUGGGAAUACUAUCUUUGCUUAUUCAGCCUUGUAUUGGCAAGAAAAAGCAAAUACCAGAAAAAAGCAUAGAAAAUGGAAAAGUAUAGGACACUUUAAUGUUUUAGAGGGAUUAUCAUUGUUUUGAUUCUGUUUCCUGAGAACAUUUACAAACAGCACCUGAUGUGUUUUACUUGACUGAUUUAUACCAAAUUUGGAAACUAAAUAAACUUCACACUGCCAUUAUCAAUGGAUUGAUGGAAACACAUAAGGUGUUCUAUUCUAAAGAGGAACAUUCCCAUGUCUGCACAAUGGAGUAUGUUGAUCUGCAAGUGAAGACUUUUCUUUUAUUACCUGGGCUUAUUACGAGCAUUACUUGACAGACUCAUUUACUUCCGAUUUACCUUAAGGGGUCAGAAUUAGUCCCAUUAGGAAUAAUUAAAAUGAAAAUAUUUCUCAUUGAUUAUUCCAACUGAUAAUGACUUCUUGAACAGAAACCAACUGUGAGCUUAUACACACAUGACGAUUUUUUUCCUUUGAAGAUCUCAUAAUUGUAGCAGUUUAGGCUUUAAAGACAGAAUAAAUCAUUUGUGCCUGCUGCCACAA